AUGAAGGGACUUCACCAGCUGUGGUCGGCCAAGGGCAGCAAGCCCCCUUCCACUGGCUCACAGUCCAUGGAGAAGGACAAGUCAGGCUUCGGCAUCAAGGAUGCCGUGAAGCGAGUGGUUCGUCGGCUUGUGUCCUGGAAAGCACAGACCCAGGACGUUGAGGGGCCCGUCUACCUGCACAAUGUAUCGAGCUGCGCAACGAAGAGCUCGUCCGGAGUGAUGACAUGGGGAGAGGACGACAGGCCUGGUCCCUCUGUUGAUGCCAGCAGCCCUAGCAGUUGGAAGGACGCCGAGGAGUCGGCAUGUAGCGUGGGUGUAUUUGGGUCCCAGUGCCGCUCAGUUGCCGAGUCUCAUAAAGACAACAACAUCAACAGCACCGUGGCCCCCACCGGUGACUCGACCCCGUCGACAUCUUUGUUUCCCUCCCAAAGUGAGAACUUCACAUACGCCGAUUUCUCUACCGCAGCGCGAAUCCCUGUUGGAACCUCCCAGCAGAGUCAGCAGAGUCAGCCCACGCAGCAGAGUCAAUCUGCUCAACCGGCCCAAGGAAGUCAAGGAAGUGCCGUGGCUCAACUGUCUCAAGUGAGCCCUCAGGGCCUGACCCUCUCCAUCCGGGAACAGAGCUACACUUCGGAGCAGACGGAAAGAAAUGAAGCUGCGUUGUCUCACAGCUCUGAGACUCGUGCCAGCACUUCCAGCUUUGCGAGCAUCCCCGACCCGUAUUCUCUGCUGGAGAUGCCCACCUACCGACACCCACUCGUAGGAGACCAAGGAAGCACUUUGGAGCAGUCCGAAGAGAAAAAAGCUGCGUUGUCUCAAGUCCCUAGCUCGUUGGCGCACACCCCCGAGAACCUUCCUCGGCUUGCAAUGCCUUCGAGCAUAAUCCAACAUGUGGAUCAGCGCGAAACGGACACUCAACCAACCGGUGGCACUCAGCCAUCUGAUUCACCGCCACCGUUUCGUCGCCGCAGGAAUGUGUCUCGAAUCCCUCGUCCCCUAGGCAUGGUUUUCCUCACCACUCCUGAUCUCGGUAUCAACUCCGAAGAUCGAGGAUCAGCGGCUUCUCGUUCUGAUACUUCGAGCUCCCUUGAGAUUAGAUCCACCAUUCCCGCGCUCAUUCUCCGUGCCUCGAAUGUGACUGUCAUCGCUCGUGGCGUGCAGACAAGCCCUGCUGCCUCCACGAAUCUAACAUCCACUGAAGAUCAAACGCCACAGGAGCGCUACAGGGAUGAUCUUCUCAUGUCACCUAACGCAGAAGGAGAUAUCAUGGACGAGAUUAGUGGUGAUCAGGUUUCGCCAUUGCCUUUAUCGCCUGUAGAGAGUGACACGCCGAGUCACAGGAUUCCCCGGAAGCCUGUCCCAUUUCCACUGCACUCGUCCUCUCCACAGCUCAUUACAGGCCCUUCUGCGCCACUUUUAUUGUCUACCGAAGCUUUCAACAUCGACAAUAUAAUCAGGCGACACCCGUCGAUGGAAGGCAUGGUGAUCUACACCAACGUUGUGAGGGUGCGAGAGCCACCACGCAUGGCUCGCAUGCUGGAGAGCCUGCGCACUGUUUUCUCACGGGGAGGACGGACCAAGCCUCGGGGUGCAGGCUACCAAAUCGCCAGCCCGAGACUGCAAUCGGAGUCCUCGCACCCCCAGCCGGUCUCGCCCCCGUCCCCAUCCCCUGCGAGUCCCGUGGCACCUGUCUCACUCCCUGCAGGACGUCCGGAAAGUGCCCAGCCGCAGAGUGAGCCGCAGAGUGAGCCGCAGAGCGAGCCGCAGAGUACUCAGCAAUCUGAGCUGCAGAACAAAAUUACAAACACACUGGACGAUCUCACCCAGUGCAUCAAUGUUAUCGGAAGACGGCUGGUCCAUGAAGACGACCGCCGGCAGCGGAAGAAAUGGUACGGAGAUUUUAUUCGCCUGACCUCCCUCCGCGCCGAUCUCAAAAGUCGCCAGGACUGCAUCACCGAGCAGGAGAGUCAACUCUCGCUGAUGCGCGCAGAGUCUUCGGUGCGUCGCAUCGCGGCGUGUCUACAGACUCUCGCCGUCUAUGAGAGGGAUGAUACCCUUUUCGACGCGGACGUACCGACUGAUAGGGUCGUCCUGGACUGGUAG